AUGACGAACGUGAGGAAGCUGAAUAAUAGCACACUCAUCAUUCUUGGUGAGAAAGUUCCAUCACGGAACGUGGGAGGCAUUAAAUUUGUUGUACACCCGUCUGUUGUCCAUCUUGUCGAUUUGCAUGAGGUCCUCCACCCCUGGCUAUCUUCGACUCCGUCCUCUGCAUCGACCAUCAUUAUCAUCAACUGUUAUUCUCCAACAUCAGCAGCUGACGAGUCGAAACUUGAUGCUUAUAAGCAUUUGGAGGUUGUCAUCCGCAAAGAAAUUUUCUUCUAUAAAUUCGCCGUGAGUGACUUUAACGCGAAAAAUGGGAUGAAAGGAGAAAGGGAGCGAUGCGGAGAUUUGGGUCAGAACUACGGAAUGAGAAUGGUAACCGUCUUGUUGGGCUCCUAUCCGCAACACACUUUUUCAUGA